AUGCCACCCAAAACACCAAGAGAUAGCUCAAAUGAGAAAAACAACAAAGAAGAGCUCCCCCAGAGUCAAGGAACUAGAGUCCUACGUGACCGUAACCCAAAACCAGCAACGUCGCAAGGGCUGCCAUCAUCUUCGAGUAAUCAAUUCUCAGCCACGAACAAAGGCACGGGAUCUGGAGGUGACAUCGGUGUAUUUAAGCGUCCUCGAGAAAUCGUAGACCGGGAUCUAAAAACUCGGAGACAGAAACUGAUUAAAACACUACAGAAUGCGGAGAAGGCAGCCGAGAUACCUGAUUUUGAAACGCAUCUUAGAGACCAGGUCCGAGCAAAAGAGCUCAAUGAGGACGAUCAAGAGGAAAUCAUAGCUGUGGCAAACAAAGCAGUCGGCGGGAGCAACAAAUUCAAAGCCGAUGUACGCUCGAAGGCGCAUGAGAAUCGAUGCAUGGCAAUUUCCUUAUACGAAGACUUCUUGUAUUAUCAAACGCCCGAACAUCGGUUGCAGUAUAGGGAGGAAUUCGAUAAAACGAAGCGUAUAAAGGCAAAGCCCAUGAGAAAGGGACUACCGCCUGCUAUUCUUACAGAGGACGCAAAAUAUGAUAAGAAGUUGCGUCCGUUUAUUGAUCUAUUUGAACAGGAUAAUGUCGGAGCGACAGAGGAGAUAGACUACGAGAAGAUGGGUCCCAAUAACUUGCAUGUAGGGCUUCCAAGGGCAAGAAGAUUUGCAGUAGGAUUAGGUAGGCCUAGAAAUCCACGUCUGCUGUCGCCAAUAAAACUGCCUCUGGAUAUUGAGGCAAUAGAGAGGAGAAGAAGGGAGAUUGAAGACGCGGAAGGUGAUCAAUCUCUUACGUACGAAUCCCAUUCCGGGCGGCGGAAACGAGAUUUAGAACUUCCAUCACCUCUACCAAUAACUCGUGGUUCAAGCGGAACUCAUUUGGAGAGCGGACUGCACAUCGCAGCUAGAGAAACAUCAUUCGACUGGAAAACUUCCUAUGAUAAACGAGGUGCAGUAGCACCCGGCCGCACGCUGAUCAUGCCAGCAAAGCCCACAUUGGAGCUACAAGGAGACGAGCUUAAUGAGUUCUCCAAGCCACCAAUGACGCCUAUUGAAUACAACGCAAGUGUUGGCCACCAUCAUGUCGAGACCACGUCUUGGGCAGAAGCUACAAACGGUCGUAGAGAACGGGCGAAGGAAGAGACUAUGAACAGGAUGCCAGAAAGUGAUCUCGAAUCCAGUGAUGAAGACUCGAGUGACGACGAAGGUGAUGAGUUUGCGAUUAGCUACCGUCAAUGUAGCAGCCUGAAAGACUGUCCGUGCGGUAGUGAAGAUGAUGAUGGUCAUGGCGGUGGUAGUGGUCAUGGGCACCACAAAGAGGAGAAUAGUGGUCCCGGAGCGCCGCUCAGCAUCGCCGGAGGACCACUUGAUAACUCGCAAACGACUCAACCCCGCACAGAAAUCAACCCCGACACCAAUAUUGAUUUGGAUCAGAACACCUCACCCACUACGAAGACUACACCGAGAACACAGUCCGGAGCCGACAAGAUGGCUGGGCCUCCGACAGCAAGUCACGACUACAAGAGUGGUAUAUACAACCGCCACCAACUCCGACAAGGUCUUAAGUACCUAGGUCUGAGUCAGAAUGCACCUGAGCUGAAGGAACUGCAUGAUCGCAUCGACAAAUGGGAUAGGGAGAACGCGCCUGACGCGGUGCACAAGUAUAUCAUCAAGGACAAGCACACUGCAGUAUCCUUCAUGAAAAAUCCCAAGGUUUUUGACGACAAUUGGAUGGCUCAGGUCAAGGCCAAGCUCGACGAGCAGGAUCCUCCAGACGAGAAAUCUGAACAUGGAUCAGAUGAAGAAUUCGAAGAGGGACAAGAAGAGUAUUCUGAAGAAGGACGAGACCAAGGCUUCCAUGAAGAGCAAGAUUCCGACCCAGAAGACGUUGACGAAGAUGACAUGAACGUUGAUCACGCUUUCGAACAAGGCGAUUCUGGUAAGAUCUUGAUGAGUGGUGUGGUAGAAGGAGUAUUCACUAUAUCGACAGAGCAGCAAACGACCAACCAUACGACCAUUGCGUCAUCUCACACUUUCAAGACCCCACGAGCGACUAAGUCUGGAGAGAAAGCCACCGGAGCCGCUGGGAAUGAAAUGCCGAGGAGCAAAGAGAGACUGAUCGAGCAAAGCGUAACUGUAUCGAAGCAAACAACUUCAGCGAGCAAUCGAUCAACGAAGACCGCAAGCCAGAACACUAGCAAGCAGACACUUCUAGUAAAGUCUCCCACCGAUGUCACCCAGCGCUUCGCCAAUAUCAUCUUCAAGAUGGCCGAACCACCGCAUGUGCCCCUUAUGUUGAAGUUGCGACUUAGUUCGGACAACCUCCGCCAGGAACAGCUCCGCAUCGACGCCGAUGCAAAGUCAAAGCUACCCGAAGCCGACGCGGACAACGCAACUAGCGCUACAGAACAAGUCAUUGCUGGCGAAGCAUCUGACGCCAAUACACAAGAGACUAGGCGUGUGACGCGCGGUAUGCGAGCUCUUGGCAGUACACAGAUAGGCGGUACACAAAUGGUCGUUACACAAAUGGACGGUACGCAGAUGGGCGGGAUGCAGGAGGGCGGUAAUCAGAUGGGCACCAUGCCGGUACCGAUGGAUAGUGCUUUGGAUCCUCCAGGUCUGAUCCCGCGCUCGCACUUCACCGACCCAGAAGAACGCCGUCAGUAUGUGUGGGAUACCCGUCACUUGCGACCAGCGCGCAUGAAGACAACACCCCCAGCUGCUCUCGCUAGACGCCGCCGCGAGGACGCUGCAUUCGAAGCCGCUACGCAGAAGAGGCUCAAGGAGGAACGCAAGGCGCGCGAAGCCAACGAGGAGGAGUUUCGUCGCAGGCGGGAAGAAUUCAUCGUGAAGGACAAGAAGGCGCGGAGGUGGGCUAAGGCCAUCGAAGACGAUAUGGAGUUCUGGUACAAAUCGCCUCUUGUCCGUAAUAUCAGGAACGGAGCUGAUCCUAACCCUGAAGUGCUGGAGCAGCGUCGCAAGCUCAAGCAAGACGGUAUGAUGAGGGGCAUGAAUCCUUACCCGGGCGAGAAGGGUAAUAUGAUGUCUUCCGAGGAGAAGGAGAAGGAGAUAGAAGAGAUGCGGGAGUUUCUGGCACUUCAAGCAGCCAAGGGUGAAACUUACUUCCCCCCUCGCUAG